AUGUCCACCCCUGAUUCAGCUUUGUUUUCCGAUCUCCAGGUCAUCCUUCGCGCUUCAAGGCAGCAAACCUCACCAGAGUCCCAAGUGCUUGCGAACUCCAUCAAAUCUGUCCGAGAUUCAUUAUUUCACAACCCUGUAUGGCAAGCCAUCACCCAGGGCCCAUUUCCUUCCACCCUAGAGGGCAGCCACAAUGAAUGGGCAGCUGUCGGUGUAUUCAUAUUUGCCACGCUCGCGCUCCAUAUCAUUGAGGAUCCUUCUCACACCCCAAUGACCAUUGGGUGUCGCCGACGUGUGUUAUCGAACCUACCCACCACCCUAACGAAUCCCGUAACCGUCUCCUUCUCUUCAACGUUGCGUCCUAACUCAAUCCCUCCACUCAGCUCGGCGUGUUUCUUGCAAGAGGGGGGUGGCUGUCGAUCUUGGAGGAAGCCAGUACAGGGUAUCAGGAGUAUACCCGACAAGUUCAGCAAACGUCACCCUCAGCAGACGGGCCUGGGCGAAUACCCUCAAAAAGUUGAAGAAUAUGAGUUGAAACUAUGCUCGUUGAACCCUGGUUUUCCCUGGAAAAUCAAAGAAAACACAAGAAAACGUUACAAAGCCAACAGUUGGCAGUUCCCUUUGCAAUUUGCCUUAUCUUCCUCCGUGUUAUUGCUGCUCCGGCCUGUUGCUCUCCAAAGCACCAGUCCCGAUAGACGGCAUCUCCUUCAGCUGGCCCAUGCACUGGGCCCCUAUGAAGAACGACCUGCCUACUUUCAAAAACUAGAGCGGUGGCUAUGGAGAAACCUAAUAUCGGUUUCGAAUGGGGAAAGGACUUCGGUCGAAAUCCUUCACGAGUUCUUCGAGACUUUCCGGUUUUCUCAAGAAGAAAUUUCGGAAGACGACCGAGAUUAUUUUUACUCAGUCUCACCUAUACCUGGGCAGGGGUUACUUCAGGAUGUGGUUGAUACCGGCCACUCCUUGGCCAAUUCACUAGCUAACUCUUCCCUAGAUCAUGGUCAUGAAGGAAAAAGCUCUGACUCUAUAGAUGGGUUAGAGACUGCAUAUACCACCUACCACACCUCCCUAUCUAAAGCCAUAUCCUCGGCCCAGCAGACUGCCGAGAGUAAACCAGAUGAGAUGGAUGUUAAUCCCCCACCACCACCAAGCACGCAUACACCGACGACAAAAGAGAAAUCCGCGGCUCUGGAGGAUACAGAGCAAUCCUCGCCUGUUGCCGCCGACCCAGCAAAGAAUCCUGUACUUGGUCAUCAUCUGCAGAAUGAUGUCACCCCGAAAAAAGCUACCACUGUCAAACGUCCCCGUCCUACAAUCGAAGAUGUAGAUGACGAGGAGGAUCCCACUCCCUCCAAACGUUUCCGUCUUACCAUUGAUGAUGCAGAGGACGAGGGGGAUAUAACCCCUUCAAUAGGAGAUGAAGAGGACGAGGACGAGCAGGAUCUCCCCCCUUCGGAACGUCCCCGUCCUUCAAUACAUUUUCGUCCUCCAAUACACGAGGAAGAGGAUGAGGACGGGGACGAUGAGGACAAAGAUGAUUAUACACCCGCAAAACGUCACCGUCGUCCUUCAAGACAAGAGAGAGAGGACAAAGAAGACGAAGAAGACGACGAAGACGAAGAAGACGACGAAGACGACGAAGACGACGAAGACGAAGUGGAGGAAGAGGACCCCACCCCUGCAAAACGUAACCAUCAUCCUUCAAUACAAGAGAGAGAGGACGAAGAUGACGAAGAAGAUGAAGUGGAGGAAGAGGACCCCACUGCAAAACAUCCCCGUCCUUCAAGACAGGAGGAGGAAGAGAAGCCUGAGCACGAGGAGAAGGACUCGACACUCGCAACACGCCCCCGUCUUUUAAAGCAAGAAGAGGGGUUGAAGAACCUAGAAGAGCCACUCGUCCUUGAUAACGACAACCAGGAGGACAAAACCGAGCACAAGGGCAAGGGUAAAGAAAUAAGCCAAGUCAAGAACAAAUUCGAGGACAACGUUGAGAGCCAAACAAGGCAACUGCCAGAGUCAGACGAAAUGGAUGUAGAUAUGGAUUCAUCAAUCUCCGCCAAGCCUGAUGGCGCUUCAGUUGCAGCUCCAAACCUCCGCAAACGUGCCUCCACAGUGAACUACAAAAUCACAACAGCGAGUCCGUCCUUCCGCAGACAUAAACGCAACUCCACCCUGUCUCAAAGCGUAAAGCCGGCUCCAGAUCAGCCAGAGGACAGGACAAUGGCGCCCCCUUUCGACCCCAUUACGAACAAGCAGCUGUUGAAGGGAGAUCCAAUCGAAUUCUUCGAUUACAGUUAUCGAACUUCCCUCAAUGUUUCCCCCCGGGCUUUUUCCCAGCUCAACCUCACAAGCAUCUAUGAGGUUUGGGCACGAGUAAAGGAGUGCGCUGUAGCUGACGGGAGGAUUUUGCCCGAUGGAUCUCCAAAUCCAGCAUGGUCCCCUUCACCCUCUGACAGAGUGCUCGAAAUACCCCUCGAAGAAUGGGAGGACGACGGAAAGUAUACCACUGCCAGAAAGCAAUAUCUAUUUUCCAAACACCUUCUCGUUCUUCGCUCGGGCAAGAACACUAGUCCUGGGACUUUCGGAGAAACAUCCAUCAGGGAAAAUCUCGGUCCCCUCCACGUCCCUCGUAUACUUCAUGGUAGGCCUUUCCAAGCAUUAAUUCUUCCUUCAAUUAAUCAUCUUCCAGACGCCUCUUGCGAAGAUGAGGCUGAUGCAAUGGAAAACGACCAAGACCCCCUUGAACGGACUCACCCGGUUCAUCGAAGCGGUACCUACCGCCAACUGUUACAAGCUGUCAAUACACCCGACGGCAAAAUUUUGAACUUCCUCGACAAUAUGGUCUCCCCUGACAAAAUUCCUCCCCCCAGUGGAUUAGCUACAGAUUCAGAGGCAGAGCAAGGUGAAGCUGCUAACAUCGCUUGGAAAAGGUGGGGGUUAGCCGCCACGAAAUGGGCUUUACACAAAGCUCACAUUGACACUGUCGGUGCUGCGACAUAUGUCACGCCCAAGAAUGGUCAGAAGCUGUGGAUUGUCGCGAUUCCCAACUCCAUCCACGACAUGGGGAAGACGUCUGCAUUUUCCUCAGAUUUCACCACCAGCCUUGGGAAUUCACAGCAGUGGAAAACCGUGGCCUUUCUCCUUGGACGAGGAGAUACCCUUAUCAUGGGUCCCUGUUCACCCCACUAUGUGGUAACUCUGGAACCUUCAGUCACCCUGGGGGGUCACAUGUACAACAUGCAGACACUUUGCUCCACAGGCUAUGCGCUAUUCCACACCCUUGUGGCAUCUAGCCUUUUGACCAACACCCGACACAAGGAAGCCCCUCGGAGCUUUCAAUACCUCGCGAAAUUUUUUGACGUGAAUAUUUGUGAUGAUGGAGCUUCGUACCGAGAGUUAAUUGAACGGGCUGGAUCUGAAUUGAAAGAAGAUGGAACCCAUAUCAUACCUCACCUUCCCAACUUCACUCUUAUGGAUGAUGUUCAGGGCUUCUUGAUGCUGUACAACAUCAUUCAACUCGGGACCGUCCUCGACUACCGUCAGUACAUGGGAGCGCUCGAACUGGAGAUUUUGGAUGAUGAACACCAUAUCCCCAAGAACGACCUUUCAUACUACCAAGCUGCGAAGGUCGACGUGAAUCGUGUACGUGACUGGCUCAUACAUAAUGUCAAAAUUACACUCUGCCACACAAGCGGCAAGGUUGAACAGAUGAACAUUAAAGACUAUAGUGACAUGUGGCUCUCAGCAAUUGCUCGCACCCUUGUGGUUCACAAAAUCGACAUGGAGUGUUUGGGCAUUGAAGGAGAGCAUCACCUCAUCACAGCAUCUGCUAUCAAAGCAGCCAUCGAGAACGAGUUCAAAGGAGAUCCCACCUUCCAGAAAAGCUGGCCCAGAUCGGUCAAGGGGGAUAAUGUUACUCAAUGGGUGGAGUCUUGGCGAGACAAGAAACUCGAAUACACAUAUGCACCACCGCUGCCUCCUGCUGAUACUCGUUACAUUCUUACUCUUGUAUAA